GUCACUCUUGGUUCCGUCUUGACUGUGGCAGGUGCAGUGUUGUUCAAGCGCUUAUCCUUGAAGCAAAAGAAGGCGUAGGAGUGACGCCAUGUUGUGAAAAGUGUCUACCAUUUUUAUUUGCCGUCGUCAAAUAACACAUACACGCACACACACAGACACACACCGUUAUAAACUCAAAAUAAAAACGUAACUAGAACUGAAAUAACAACUGCAACACAUAUUUAAUUUGGCAGCUUUGCCGUGUGCGUGAAUAUUAAAGCAUAAGAAAAGUGACGGAAAAAACAAGUUAGGAAAGCAAAGUGCAAUUUUCACGAAACAGUUGUCGGAAAUUCGCGCAAGAGGAGCUGAAGGCGUCCAUUGAUUUGUUUGGUGCCUCAUUUGAACGCAUCUCAGCCAGCAGCAAACAAGUUUUAAGCAGCAGCUGCGAUGGGUGGCCAAUUUGUUGAUGUUGUUGCCCUUCUGGGUCUUUUCACCAUUGUCCUGGCCUCAGUCCAGGCGACGCCACAACGCGCCGCCUACUCACUACAGGCGGCAGUCGAUGAGCUGCAUCGUCGCGAGGCUGCCAAGUACCCAUUGAAUGCACCGCCCCCCUCGGCCCACUUUGCUGCGAAACAACUGGACGAUUGGGACGAAGAUAGCGAUUUAUUUGGCACCGGCACCGGCAACAAGUAUAAGAAUCGGAAUCGCCAUAGAAUAAAUAAAGCACUUGCCAAAUACUUAGAGCGCGAGAAUGAGAACUAUGGGACAGACCUAGGCGGACCCCCAUUCAGUGGUUAUGAGUUCGAUGAUGAACGCGAGCAGCAGCAAACGAAUCCCAGUAAUCUAUUUGUGGAUGAGAAGCGUAAGCGCUCAUCGUCGCCCUUUAGGGAACGUGACGAGCAGCAAUACGAGACAGGUCCGGGCGCUGUAUCUGCAUUCCGUGAACGUGAGAAUCUCGGUGCUGGUGAGCCAACGCACAGUGAGCUGACGGAGCAGUUUCUGCGCGAGAUUGAGGAGGCCAGCGAGCAUGAGCGACAGGAGCGUUACAAGGCCGCAUUGCGUCAGCUGUGGGAAAAGUAUCAGCAGCAAGAGAACGAGCUAAACACCAACGCUAACAACAACAACCACAAUGGAGAUGAGGAGCUGGAGGAGCAGCAGCUCUUCGAGCAGAAGAAACGUAUGCGCAUGCCACCAUAUUAUCUGCUAAUGCAGAAGAAACGCUCGUAUCCGGUGCUGCCCUGGCUGCCCUAUAAUAGUGACAAGAAGAAGCGCUUCCCUGUAGCGAAGCGGGCAGCGGGUGAAUCUCCAUUGGCCAAGACUGACGAGCGAGUGGCCCAGGAGUUGAGCGAGUUGUUUGGCAAGCCUGUUGAGCAGCAGCAGUCCGAGGAGAAGAAGAAACGUUCAACAGAGGAGCAGCUAAAGCCGGCGCCCACAACACAUCUACCAGAAACGGCAGCCACGGCCACAGCUUUGGGUGAUAUGCGUCUGGAGAUCAACUUUCAGCGCGUGAAUGUCACCAAUGGAGUCGCGAAGGAGGCUCAAACGCAAACGCCACCAAAGGCAGCCGGCACUGGUGAGAUGGUAAUGCACGGACAUGGUGGACACCAUCGCAAGCGCAGCGAGCAUCACUCUGACGAGGAAUAUGGCGAGCAUGAUGAGCACGAUGGCGAGGGCGAGGGUGAGGAAAGCUCCGACGAGGAUGAUCAUGAUGAAUUUGACGAGGAUGAGGAGGGUGAGAACGACGGCGAGGGCGAGGGCGAUGCGGGCGAGAAGCGACGCAAGAAGAAACGCGCCGCCAGCUCCAAGCAUAUGCAUGGCCCAAGUGUCGGUCAUCUGAUGCUGCGCGCCAAGAAAUCCAUCGACUGGUCCCAAUACUUUGGACUCGAUCGCAAAAAGAAAUCUGAGCAGUUGUCCGAUGGCGAAUCAAAGAAGCGUAGCACUGAUGACGAUAGCAACAAUGAUGAUGAUCAGAACGAAGAGAUGCAAAAGAAGAAACGAGACAUUGAUCCAGAGAAGCUGGAGAGCAUGGACAAGAAGUUGCAAUCCAUAGAGGAUUUCAUCAUUGAUGAGACCAUCAAGUAUACAGGCGCGCAUGAGGGCAUCAAGAAUCAGGAUGAGAUACGCAAGCUGAAGGAGCAUGUCCUUUCCCGACUAGCCACUGCGUACAGUCUGGAGAAGAUGCGUCGUGCACUGGACAAGCUACGCCAGUCGGUCGAUGCUGAGAACCAUCUAUUGCGCAAUGUCAUCGAACCGGAAUCGGAGGAGAACUCAUUGGAUGAGCGCUGGCCAGCCAAGAAGCGAUUUAGCGUCAAGAAGGAGCAGGCCGAGGAUCAGGCAGAAGAUGACAGCAAUCCGCAGCAGUCGAAGAAAAAGCGCAGCGGCUAUAUGAGAUAUCCGGAGCAGCCCAAUACCAUGGAGGAAGCAUUGAGCAUGAACAGCGCACCCUACGAGACGCUCAACGAUGCCUAUCUGGGCAAUAAGAACUACAUCAUUGGCUCCAAUCAGUGUCCCAUUAUUGAAUCCAUGGCAGAGCGUUGUCGCAGCGUUGAUCUAAUCUCUGGUGAUCUCAACCAGGAGCUAAUGCCCCUUUGUGGCGUCCAUCAAAUUUGUUAUCUCUGUGGCGCCUCACAGGUGGCCUGCGACUAUCAGUAUCUGGCCGAAGCGGACACAAUCUGUGGCAGCAGCAACGAUUGCCAAGCAUCUGCUCGAUCCGUGCUGAUGAUAUUGCGUGGCACCCCGGGACGACAGUUGGGACCGCGUGAGUGCUUGAAGAAUCCCUGCUUGUAUAGGGCCAUGCGCGAGAUUGGGCUAUAAGCGAUUGGCUAAAGCACCUAAGCACCUAAGCACCGAAUCACCCAAUCACCUAAGCCAAAAGAAACAUUUCUUAACGUCCUUUUGUGUGCGUUAAAAAAGAAAACUACAAAGAUACUAAAAAACCUAAAAAAAAAAAACCAAAGAAAUUUUGCUGAACUAGCAAAUCAAAUAUUUGAUUCAAAAUAUAUAUAGACACACUUAUAUAACACAAACAAGAAAACAAAAAAAAGAAGAAGAUUUUCAGUUAGAAUAUUUGGAUACAUUUUGCUGUUGCCAAACAAAAUGCAUAAAAAUGCAACAGUUCAACCAGAGACCUAAACAGAAAAAACAAAACACUUAAAUGCUAAAUGAAAAGAUGCGUUUUUUAAGCUACAAGAUAACCAAGAUAUACCAAGAUAUUUAUUAAUUUUCCAUAUAGCAGCAGGCACCAGAUUGUAUUUAGCUCCGAAUCUAUCUAAAUGUUCGUUUUUUGAGUGUGGAAAACAGUGUUUUUGAACAGCACGUAUAUAUUCAUGUAUUGAUAUUUGUGCGAACAAGCUUCUUAACUGAAAGGAUAUACAAAGUAAAGCAUUAAAUAAUCAAAAUCUUCAUAUAUUAGUAUAUUCUUAAAUGUAUUAACAGUUAUUAUGUGAACAGCUCGCCAACUAAGAGAAAGAAGCAUUAAGAUAUAUAUAUAUAUAUAUAUAUAUAUAUACAUUUAUAAAUCCCAAGCAACUCACACAGGCAGCUAUUUAGCAGAUAUAGAUCUUUUAGAUGCCGCCCAUUGAAUUCGUUCGAGACUUAGGCAAGAUCAACAUAAACAACAUAUUUUAGAAGCGGAAAUGCAAACGCAGGCGUAAAUAUGUGAAAAAUAUCAUAAAUAUUAUAAAAAAUCAAUUUAAUAUCU